AUGAAAGCCAUUGAGCAGCGUUAUCUUCGUGAGCUGAUGCUCGUCAUCACUCCGACAAACGAAGAUUUGCUUGACGCCAUUGAAAUGUACACUUGGAGAAUGCGCUACGAUGUGGACGGUGAACCACAAGCAGAAUUGCGGCAAGGGUUACAGUACUUGAAAAGGCAGACAAUAGAGCUUCUGCUUUUGCUGAGAGUAUUAUGUCGAGACACGCUGACUCCACUGCCAGCUGGCCCCUCAUCUAUGAUACGCAUAACAUACACUGACAGAACUCCAAAGGGCUAUCAGGCACCAGGCUUUUACCGUUCUCCCGAAGAUCCUGUUCUACGGCCAGAGCCUCGGCAUCUGGAACGUGCAACACUGCAAACCAAAUACCACGGGAAAGCAACUGAUCACGUCGAUGAAAACGCCAUGAAAAUGAGGCUCAAGAAGGUACUGCAACUGCCUUAUCCUGAUGACUCUCUAAAUGACGCAUUUGAUGAAAUGGGUGCAGGUGAUGAAGCGCAUCGAUCUGUCAACAAUGACACUAUCGAGUGCAUCAGUGAGACAGCACUACAACAGUGCGAAAGUGUGGAAAUUGCUCGAGAGGAGGUUGGGAUUGCUGAUGAAACUAGCAGUCGUUCAUCGCCCAGAAUUCCUGAUUCGGUGUCCAGCAAUUCACCUAGAUUGAGUGUCGCAGCGGAACGUGGUUCGGUUGCAGACUUGAACAUUUCCGGCAGUACUCCACCUGCUGAAGAGUACCCAAGGCGUUCACGGCGUGGUCGACUAGCUGUAACGACGAAACAAGCUCAACUUGUUCAUGAGUGUUCUGAAAGUCUUGUCUCUAGUCUCUCACAAGUGGUGAAUGUUUCCACACCGCCUAGUACGAAUCCAUUUACUGUGAGUGAAGAAAAAUCCCUCAUGUAG